UGACUUAAUGUGUCAUAAAUUUGAAACAUAAAUAUUUGAAUUUUCUGAAUGAAUACUGAAUCGUUAUAGCAUACUGUGUAUUGUAUGUAUUACUAGUAAAAUAUAAUUAAGCCCGAAAUGGAAUUAGAAGACGGAUUCGAUGACAUUCUAGCAGAAAUAAGUGAACCGUCAUCACCAAAGAAAUUGAAAACUGAGCCCGAUUUAGAACAACCAGGCACUUCAAAGCCAUCUGUUUCGAGGACACACUGUGUUAUAGUUAAUCAAAAACAGCGUGGAAACCCACUAUUAAAAUAUGUUACAAGUGUCCCUUGGGAAUAUGAUGAUAUUAUUCCGGAUUACGAAAUAGGCAAAACUAUAUGUAUUCUUUUCUUAUCUGUGAAGUAUCACAACCUCAAUCCAGAUUAUAUAAAUAACAGAUUAAAGGAAUUGGGAAAAAAAUAUGACCUUCGGGUAUUGUUAGUACAGGUUGACCUAAAGGAUCCACACACAAUUUUAAAAAAUCUAACACGAAUAUGUCUCCUUACUGAUAUGACUCUCAUGCUGGCGUGGAGUCCAGAAGAAGCAGCAAAGAUUAUUGAAAACUAUAAAAUAUUUGAAAAUAAACCACCUGAUAAAAUUAUGGAGAAAAUUGAAAAUGAUCCUCAUCAAAAAAUAGUGAAUGCCUUGUCAUCAAUAAAGCCAGUUAAUAAAACGGAUGCCAUGACACUAAUUACUAAAUUCGGUACACUGGAGAAUAUUAUUAAAGCAUCUGAGAAACAGCUCGCUGAAUGUCCAGGUUUUGCGGCUACUAAGGCUAACAAGCUGUAUAAAGCCCUACACGAACCUUUCUUAAAAGUAAAUGAUAAAAUUGAUACAAGAAACAAGCCUGAUGAAUUUUCAGAGAAUCUUUCCUUAGAAGAUAUAGAAAAAAUCGAAAAUGAGAUAAAAAAAUAGUAAUAUGU